AUGUACCUGAGCAACGAGGAGCUGGUUUCCCUCGUAAAGAACAUGCUGCUUUGGCUUCAGCCAGGGGGUUACCUCUUCUUCAGGGAGUCCUGCUUUCACCAGUCAGGGGACUGCAAGAGAGAUUUCAAUCCCACUCAUUACCGCACGCCAACUGAAUACAACCAUCUAAUAACAUCGGUCCUGCAGAAGGAGAUGGAAGAGGGAGGGGAGCAAGCCUUUGGUUUUGAUGUAGUCAUGAGUAAAGCAGUGCAGACCUACAUCAAGGUGAAGAAAAAUCAGAAUCAGGUAUGUUGGCUGAUGCAGAAGGUCCCACGUAUUGAGUGCCCCAAGGGCUUUAACACAUUCCAAGAUUUCUUGGACAACCAACAGUACUCCCGGCGAGGUAUCCUCAGAUAUGAAAAGAUCUUUGGAACUGGAUAUGUCAGCACAGGAGGACCCAGCACUACCAAGGAGUUUGUAGACCUUCUGAAUUUGACCCCUGACCAAAUUGUCCUGGAUGUGGGCUGUGGAAUCGGAGGUGGAGACUUCUACAUGGCAAGGACAUUUGGUGUGAAAGUCCUUGGCAUGGAUUUGUCUUCAAAUAUGGUGGAGAUUGCAACCGAGAGAGCUUUGAAGGAGAACCUGCCUUCAGUUGAGUUUGAAGUGGGAGAUGCCACCAAGAGGGUCUUCAAAGAAGGGUCUUUUGAUGUGAUAUACAGCAGGGACACUAUAUUACACAUUGCGGACAAGUUUAAGCUCUUCAAAAGCUUCUAUUCAUGGUUGAAGCCUGGGGGGAAAGUUCUGAUCAGCGAUUACUGCUGUGGGGAGUUGCCAUGGACACCAGAAUUCCAGGACUAUGUCAAACAAAGGGGGUACAUCCUUUUCACCCCACCACAGUAUGGGAAGUUCCUGGAACAAGCUGGCUUCACUCGAGUGCGUGCAGACGACAGGACGUCACAGUUUAUACAGGUGAUCCAGAUGGAACUGGAGAAGGCAGAGGCAAUAAGAGAAGAGUACAUAAAGGAAUUUUCUGAAGAAGACUACAAUGCGAUUGUGACUGGCUGGCAAGAAAAACUGCACCGUUGUCAGAAAGGAGACCAGCGCUGGGGGCUGUUCUAUGCUGAGCGAGACUGA